AUCAUGCUUCCUCCUUGUCUCUAAAACCCUACCUUUCCUCGUUCCACAGACCCACAACAAUGCAAGACAUUUUCGGAUCAGUUCGCCGGUCGCUAGUCCUCCGGUCACCCGAUGGCGACGACACUUCCCCCGGAACCCUAGUCGACAAAAUCAACUCUUGCAUUCGCAAAUCCAGAGUCUUCUCCAGAGCCUCCCCUCCGCCACUAAUUCCCAAAGACGCCACUGCGCCUUCGAUCCGAUGUCGCAAAGGGGAGCUGAUCGGCUGUGGCGCCUUCGGUCGUGUCUAUAUGGGCAUGAAUCUCGAUUCUGGCGAGCUUAUCGCCGUCAAACAGGUUUUGAUCACCACAAGCAAUGCUACAAAAGAGAAGGCACAGGCUCAUAUUAGGGAACUUGAAGAAGAAGUGAAGCUUCUUAAGAAUCUCUCUCAUCCAAACAUUGUUAGGUAUUUGGGUAUAGUCAGGGAGGAGGAGACCUUGAAUAUUUUGUUGGAAUUUGUUCCUGGUGGAUCCAUCUCGUCACUUUUGGGGAAAUUUGGAUCUUUCCCUGAGGCUGUGAUAAGAAUGUACACAAAACAAUUAUUAUUGGGACUAGAUUAUCUUCACAACAAUGGAAUUAUGCACAGGGACAUCAAGGGGGCAAACAUCCUCGUCGAUAAUAAAGGAUGCAUUAAACUUGCAGAUUUUGGUGCUUCCAAGCAGGUUGUGGAGCUGGCUACCAUUUCAGGUGCCAAGUCCAUGAAAGGCACCCCGUAUUGGAUGGCUCCGGAAGUCAUUCUCCAGACAGGCCAUAGCUUCUCGGCUGAUAUAUGGAGUGUUGGAUGUACCGUUAUUGAGAUGGCCACUGGAAAGCCUCCUUGGAGCCAAAAGUACCAAGAGGUUGCUGCUCUCUUUUAUAUUGGGACAACAAAGUCUCAUCCGCCAAUUCCUGCACAUCUCUCUGCUGAGGCAAAAGAUUUUCUACUGAAGUGUUUACAAAAGGAACCAGAUUUGAGGCCAGCUGCCUAUGAGUUGCUGAAGCAUCCAUUUGUUACUGGAGAGUAUAACGAAGCUCAACUUGCUCUUCAAACUUCCGUUAUGGAAAAUUCUGAAACUCCUGUAUCAACUUCUGAGGAAAACUUGCCAAAUCCUCAAAUGACAAAUGACUCUAGCUUGCUGGAUGUCUGUGAGAUGGGGAAUUUGAGCUGCUCAACUGGAUAUCCUGAGAAUUCAGAAUCCAAACCUAAUUGGGGAACAAGCAGCAGUAUUGAUGACAUGUGUCAAAUUGAUGACAAAGAUGAUGUUAUGAUGGUUGGGGAAGUAAAGUUCAAUUCUAUCCUGCUGCCUGAUAACUUUAAUAAGAGUUUCAAUCCGAUUUCUGAGCCCUCACAUGAUUGGAGCUGUGAAAUUGAUGGAAAUCUACGACCAGAACAAAGUGGAAUGGACAUGGACACCAAUCCAUCUCUUGAUAUGCCUGCUGGUAGCUCUGGCAUAUCCAAUAAGGGAGGCAAUGAUUUCUCAUUUCCUUGUGGGCCAUCAGUAUCUGAGGAUGAUGAUGAAGUUACUGAGUCAAAAAUCAGAGACUUCCUGGAUGAGAAGGCCAUUGAACUGAAGAAACUGCAAACGCCAUUAUAUGAGGAGUUCUACAACACUUUGAAUGCUGCAUGCUCUCCAAGUGUUGCUGAGCGUACACAGGAUGAAAAUGUUAUAAACUACUUGAAAUUGCCUCCUAAAAGCCGAUCACCAAGUCGGGCUCCAAUUGGAACCCCAUCUGCGGCUGUUGAUUCCACUAGUACUGCGAGCCCUGGGAGUUGUGGCAGACGAAUGUCAAAUGUUGGCAAUGCAGGUGAUCAAACUGCACAGGACACCCCAUCACCUCCACAUAAUGACUGGAAAGGCCUUCUUGUUGAUUCUCAGCAGGAACCUAAUAGCCCAAGUGUGAGCUUUUAUGAGAUACAGAGGAAGUGGAAGGAGGAGCUUGACCAAGAACUAGAGAGAAAACGAGAGAUGAUGCGCCAAGCAGGGAAAACAUCAUCACCAAAGGACCGAGCUUUGAAUCGGCCAAGAGAACGUUCAAGGUUUGCAUCUCCAGGCAAAUGAGAAUUAUAUGUGAGUGCGCAGUUAUACCGGUCCAAUCUAGUCCAAUCUGGUGAAAUGGAUCAUUAAUACCUUACCACCAUUGGCUCCCCAAGAAGAUAGCUAUGCCACCUCACGCCAAUCUUAUUCAGCUCUCAUGGUCAUCAUGGUGUGUCCCUAAACUGAGUGAUUUUGUAUGUCCCUUGAAAGCCCAAGCCUGUGUAUUUGCUCUAUAUAAAAAGAGUGGAUUGGGUGAUACAUAUUUUCAUUUUUCUCCUUUUUUGAGUGAGGUUUGUGUCCAGUGCAUAAAAAAAAAAAAAAUAUAUUGAUCCUGUUCUAUAGAAUAAUUUGGAUUGUUAUGGCCCACAUGAGACAGCCUAAGAAAUCCUAUGCCACUUUGUUUCUGAACUAUCAUCUCUGCUCCAAUUGAUUCAUAUAUAUGCUUUCAUUA